AUGCACCCUUCUUUUCCCUCUGUCUCUCUGGGAACACAGGAGCUGCAACAUCCUCAGCCCUGUGACGACCACGCCUAUGGCGACAACGACAGGUGCCACAACGACCACCACAAUGGCUACAACCACUGUGGCUACAACCACCAUGGCUUCAACCACUAUGGCUACGACGACAAUGGCCACAACGACGAUGGCCACCACCACUCCUGCCACGACUGCAGCGCCUGCGAUGCCCUCAGUGCUGGGGCCCUCGUGUUUGUUUGCACGCCGUUGCUCGCGCGAGCUAUGUCUGAGCAUCCCAAAAGUGUGAUACUGCACUUGUACUGGGAUCACCUGCUGUUCGGGCCAUCAGUUCAGAGUGUGACGACCACAGGGAUGCCUGGGAGCUUCGUGCCGGUGGAUGGAGGCGACAACAAGGUUUGCCGCGGAGACAAUUCCAACGACAACGAUGAAAGCUAUUACAUCUUCUACCAGAAUAUUGGUAGUAUUGAUGCCUGCAAGCAGUUGUGCAUUAGCACGGCCGGCUGCAAGGGCAUUGAAUACGGUGGUGGCACAAAAUGCGAAGUCUGGAUUCGUCCUGCUGGCAUUGGCGCGACCAAGCCACUGAACGGGUACACCUGCCUCAGCUACACAGGCCCAGUCGCAACUACGACGACCACCACAACAACCACAACCACCACGACCACCACGACCACAACCACAACCACAACCACAACCACUACGACCACAACCACCACCACAACCACAACCGCAUCAACGACUACGGGCGGGGCCCUGGCUGUAUUUCAGCCCGUGGAUGGAGGACAGGGGCGCGCCUGCCGUGGCGAUUCCCCGGGUGACAACUCUGCGAAUUACUUCCAGGUGAGCAACCACCCGACUCUCGAGGGCUGCAAGUCUGAGUGCAUGUCAACGGACGGGUGCGUUGGCAUCGAAUAUCACGUCCGCGGCCGCUGCGAGAUCUGGACUCGCCCCGAAGGGAUUCACGCCUCAAUCUCUCUGGAGAACUACAUCUGCAUGAGCUACGGCGUUCCUCCUCCUCAAGGCAUCUUCGAGCCCGUGGAUGGCGGCUCUAACCGCGUGUGUCGCGGCGCCCAUCCCAACGACAAUUUGGCCAGCUACUUCACUGUAGCGCAGGAGCCAGCUCGUUGGAAGGAUGCAAAAGCCUCUGCGUCAGUGCUGAAGGUUGUUGCUGAGCUGCAAGUUUGA